AUGGCAAAGGCAGCUAAGGAAAUUCAAAUGGAGAGCCCAGGAGAGGUAGAGACUCAUGGCGCAGGGGCGACGUGCUCCACGUCAGAGGAACAGGCAGAAAAACCCUCCAUGCUCUGUUUUAAGAAGCGGAAGAGGCCCUGUAAGAAGGGGCUGGCUGUCAAGGAUGCGUGCGAAGGAGCCUCGGAGGAGAAAAGCCAACACAUCAGUGCUGACCAAGGGGAGGUGAAAGUUUCUAAUCCAUCACAAUCCUCCAAAGGAGCCUGGGCUGCCAUCAAGAACCUUGCCCGACCUCGGAGACGGCAGAAAGCCGCCUCGCGGAAGAAGGUGACCUCUGAUUCCCAAGUGCAGCUGGAGAUGGAUGCUGAGGAGAGCUUUGUGCAAGGCUUCCCAAAGAAACGGGCAAGCUCCGGGGUGAAGAUGCCCUGUGUGCGGUUCUCCAGAGGCAAGAAAAAACCUGUCCCUGCUGAAGCAGUGGAGGAGUCGGAGGGCAGUGUUCAAGCAAAUGAAGUGAUGGGCAUUGUCAAUAAAGCUAGUGAAGAGCCAGAGGAUUUGGCCCCAACGGACAAGUCUGAAUCCUUCAGCCCAGUCUGUGAGGAGGAGGACCAGGAUACGGAGAAGGAAAGUGCAAACUCUGUUGAGAAGAGCGAGCCCUUGGCAGAGCCCACGCCUGAUGCAGAGGAGCAUACGGAGUGCACUGCCCAGUCGGAGAUAACCGAUUCAGAGACGGUUAAUGAAACAGCCCAAGAAAAACAGGAGGAGGGGAACCUAUCCCAACCCACAGCCCAUGUGGAAGGUGGGGAGGUUGCUCCCGAAGCGCCUGUUUCCAAGGAUCAACCCAACAGUGCCCCUGAAACCAGCGAGCUGCAGGAAAUCUCUCAUAUCUGCAAAGAGCUGCCUGAAGGGGAUGAAUUGGAAAAGAGUAUAAAUCUUCCCGAGGAGGGCAAAGCUGGAGAGACUGUCAUGGAUUCCACUGAGGCGGCGUUUCAAGACGAUGCAGCAAGCGUGCAGGGCUGCUCCGGCCAUCAGGUGACAUUAGAAGCAAACGUGGGCACCGGCAUUGGCAUCGUCAUCACCGUCACCGAAGCCGAGGACUCUGACAACACCGACUCUGACCAAGCCUAUGAGCCAUCCCCGGUUUUGCACCGAAAUAAGCAAAAAGGGAAUAAAAAAUCAAGUGGGAGCUUUGAUUUUGGUAAAAAAGAGGGUCCCGAGGCUGGCGGUGGUCCUGAGGCAGAGGAGAAAGGUCUGGGCGAGCAGGGGCACAGAACUGGGGAGCAGUACGAAUUGCUCCUCAUAGAAACCGCAUCUUCCCUCGUGAAGGCGGCCAUUCAGUCAUCCAUAGAGCAGCUGGUCAGUGAAAUGGCCCUGGAACAAAACAAACACAACAGUUUUCUGUGA